UCUGGAUCAACCCUCAACACCUCGUUCAGCCAGCAACUUCACCACGCGUCAAUACAGUUUUGCAUUGGUGCUCAACUUUAAAAGAUAGCACGUUUCACUUUAACAUACACAUUCUUCUGGCGUCCUUCUGCAAUACACUACUAUCAUACUACUAUCACCACGCCAAUAGCCCAUUCAAUCGCUAUCUAUUGACCAAAUGGAGAUCGAUCCUAGCCGGAAGAACAAAAAGCCCCGCCCUUUGCUUGAAUCCGAGCGUGAGAGACUAGACGAGUUUAUCGACUCUAUCCACUACUCAGCAAGAUACUCCGAUGACCAAUUUGAAUACCGUCACGUUCAGCUGCCAAAGAACAUGCUAAAAAAAAUUCCCGCCGACUACUUUGACAGCUCAAAAGGGACCCUUAAACUAUUAUGGGAGGAAGAAUGGCGAGCUCUUGGUAUCACUCAAAGUCUGGGAUGGGAACACUACGAGGUUCACGAACCGGAGCCACAUAUUCUUCUGUUCAAACGACCUCUGAAUUACCAGCCACCAAUCUCACAAUAAAUAUUUAUUCCGAAGGUUAUGAAGAUCAUGUCCAUCAUUGGCAGUUGAACCGCGUCGAAAGACCGAGAUACUAAGGAAGGAACAUCUUGACAUGCUCUGUUGCGCAAAACAAAUGCAUUUUAUAAUCAUCCCAGAGCAAACCGAUACUCCAUGCAAGAAAUUCCAAAUGAAAUACGGUAUGAUUCAUAUAAGCAAGACCUUUCACUCACACACUAAAGCUUGAGGGUCGUUAAAAUCACAAUAUUAUUCUCCACUGCCUUUCCGGUCCUGAGAUAUGCGUUCAAGUAUUGGGGGUUUCAAAUUGCAUUUUUGGCCAGCCAUUGCUCCCAUUGAGUAGGAGUGAAGCUACUACUGAUUCCCGGUUCUUCAAUGCC